GAGGUGGCAAGGUAGGAUUUCUGGUGGCUCUUUGCCACUCUGGAGAGAUUUUUACCUCAGACAAUCCCUCCUUGUGGUGUAAUGGGAAAGCUAGAGCAAAAGCACAAAUAAACCCCAUGACUACACCACCACUUUUUAAAAACUAUUUUGAAUUCCAUUAUUUUCUUUUGGUAGUUUGAAUGACAAGACUUGCUGGAAAUCCAUCUUUUUUCCCUACAAAGUGAAUAAUUCCUCUUUUUUUUUUUUUUUUUUUCCUGUCCUAGACCCAUCUUGCCCCUGGUGAGUUUUCUGUGUUUUUUGUGGCGUGGUGUGACCUACUCAGAGAAGAGCAGAGCCCUUAUCCCUCCGUGGCCAUAUGUUCCUAGAAAUAAUCAUGGUUUUCCAUCAGGGCCGCUAUUUGGGCUCUUCCCCGUCCACUUUGUUGUCCCUGGUUGAGUUUUUAUAAAUCUGCAGUAGAAAUGUGAUGGGCUUCACAGGAGAAAUGUGUGUCUGGAGGCAGGACUCCUUCCCCACCAACAAUAAAGUAUUGUUAACCCCAUAAAAAUCUAUUUUGGACAUCUGUACACCCAAUAAACCCACGGUUUAUCCCUUGGCACGUGUUAAAACGGGGGGAAAUCCAGUAUAAAUGGGCAUUUGUUCAUUGCCCUGUUGUGCCUACGUGAUCCCAGCUCAGCCCCUGCUCCAGUGAUUCCCUGUGAAUCCACAAUAUUCCCAUUUAUGGGGCUGCCAGCAGUGCCAGGGCAGGGAGUUAAGAGUGGGGCUCUCUCCCAAGGGAUGCUGCAGAUGCUCUCAGCAGGAGCUGCGCCUCCUCCCCAGGCUUGGCUUCGCUGGAAAAGUCAGGAAAUCCUCAAAGCUGGGAUGGAUUUGGGAUGAUGACAUAAAAUAUCCCUCCUGCUGCUCCAUCGGUGGGGAUUCUCGGCCGCCGCAUGAGCAGGUCCUGGCCGGGCCAUGGCCUGGCCCCCGGGGCUGCUGCUGCUGCUGCUGCUGCUGCUGCUGCCCGGCCGCGCUCCGGCCGCGCGGAGCCGCGACUUCACCGCCAAGGACAUCGUCUACCUCCACCCCUCCACCACGCCGUAUCCUCGUGGAUUUAAGUGUUUCACCUGCGAAAAGGCCUCAGAUAAUUACGAGUGCAACCGCUGGGCUCCGGAUGUUUACUGCCCCCGAGGGACAAGGUACUGCUUCAGCCAGCACAUGAUGAGGGCCAGCGGGGAGAGCGUCUCCGUCACCAAGCGCUGCGUGGCGCUGGAGGAGUGUCUGAGCACGGGCUGCACCUACAUCAGGCACGAGGAGUACAAGGUGUGCACGUCCUGCUGCGAGGGCAGCAUCUGCAACCUGCCCCUGCCGCGGAACGCCUCGGACGCCGUGUUCGCCACCUUGUCACCGCUCAGCGCCGCGGCGCCACCGUCCCCUCCCGGCCUGGUGGCACCGCUGGGGCUCUGCCUGGCGCUGCUGGCACAGCGCUGGCUCACAGGGACAGUCACGGAGACCGGACAGUGACAGUGACAGGCACAGAGAUGGGACAGGGACAGAGACCGCGACAGCAACAGGGACAAUGACAGUGACAGAGAUGGGACAGUGACAGAGACAGCGACAGCAACAGGGACAAUGACAGUGACAGAGAUGGGUCAGUGACAGAGACCGCAACAGGGACUGCGACAGUGACAGAGACCAUGACAGGGACAGCGAGAGAGACAGCGAGAGCCACAGGACAGUGACAACAACAGGGACAGAGAUGGGUCAGUGACAGGGACAAGCGACAGUGACAAAGACCGCGACAGGACAGGGACAGUGACAGAGACCACGACAGGACAGGGAUGGUAACAAUGACAACGACAGCGACAGGAUGGUGACAGUCACAACAACAGUGACAACGUCAGGACAGCGAUGGGACAGAGAUGGUGACAGAGAUGGCGACAGAACAGGGACAGUGAAACGGACAGCGAAAGGGACGGUGACAGUGCCAAGGACAGGACAGGGACAGGAUGGUGACAAGACAGGGAUAGGGAUGGUGACAGGACAGGGACAGCACAGUGACAGGGACAGCACCACGCUGGCCCAGCUGAGCCAGCCCAGACUCCUGAAUUCCUGCCUGGUUUUUGGCUAAUCCCGAGUUUGGGGCUGUGCUGGAGGAGAAUUCCUGCUUUGUGUCUCCCAUUUGCUGCAGGAACUCUGGAAAGGAUCCCGGAAUCCUGCACUGAUCCCGGGACCAUUCUGGAAAAGACCUCUUAGGCUGGAAAAGCCACCAAGUCCAGCCUAACUUUGCUAAAGUCUGGUUUAUCUCGAUGAAGAACUGGCACUUCAAGUGUUGCGCCACUGCUCGUGUCACCGUAUUCCCCUUGGGAACAGCCCGCUGGCAUUCCCAGCUCAUUAACCCCUGCGGCUCAUUAACACGCGGUAAUUAACACACGAUCGGGGGCUGCAGCAUUCCCACAGCUCCUGCUCCUCUGGGGUGGGCAGGGAUUGGCAGCGAGGAAGCAGCGCCUGGAAAGGAGGAGAUCCCAUCACGGACACACGGAAAACCGCUGGAAUUCCCAAACUCCGCCAGAGAAAUCCCUAAAAAUCUGCAUUUCCAGCAGAAAAUCGCUGGAAUUCCACCAGAGAAAUCCCUAAAAAUCCACAUUUCCACUGGAAUUCCCAAGCUCCAGCAGAGAAUCCCUAAAAUCCUCAUUUCCAGUGGAAAACUGCUGGAAUUCCCAAACUCCGCCAGAGAAAUCCCUAAAAAUCUACAUUUCCAGCAGAAAACUGCUGGAAUUCCCAAACUCCGCCAGAGAAAUCCGUAAAAAUCCUCAUUUCCAUUCACACCCCUCAGCAGGAGGAUGAAGUGCUGCUGCUCUCCUGAUUCCCGCUGGUUCAGAGGGAAUAUUUCCAAUAUUUUCCCAUUUUAGCCCCAAAGCCCAUGGUCUGAAAGAGAGGAAAUUUAUCCCAAACAUCUCCUGGGAUUUUUAUCCCAUUGGAUUCUGGGCUGUUUGGGUGACCCGUGGUGCUGGUUUUGCUGGGAAAUCACGGAUGCAAUAUUUAUUUUUGUAUGUCGAGGAAGGGUUUGGAAAUGCUGGAAAAGAUUCCAAAAAACGCUGAUCUUGCCAGGAGAAGGGGACGGUUUGCAAGUCAGUGAGCCUGUAAUAUAUGAAUGAUCAAAAAUAUAUAGAAAUAUAAAUAUAUAUUAAAGAAAAUUGUUUACAUCACUUUUAAAAAAGAAUCAGCUUUGUCUUGCAAAGCCAGUAAUAAAAGCAGGGUGUCAUGGACUUGCUUUAAACUGUUUUAUAAUUAAUUUUUUGAAAAGAAUCGUUGAUUAUUCUUUCAGGAGUGAAUUUUUUCCUAUUCCUGCUCCAAGGUAACUUGAGCUCUAUUAAAUUCUGGUAUUUUUAAGGCUCAAAAUGCUUUUUUUGGGGGGGAGGGAAUUACAUGGAAAUGCAGAUUCCUGGAGAGAUCCACAGCUGACAGAAUCCAUGCGGGAUAUUCUGAAAAAUCAGGAAUCUGCUCAUGGAAGGGGCUCUCCUGAAUGUUGUGGCCUUGGGAUGAAUUUUCCAGGGAGAUUUCUUGGAGGUUCAGGAGCAGCUCUUGCUCCCCACUUAAUUCCAGGGGAUUUCUCCAGGGAAGGUAAAGCUCAGUGUGUUUUACAAGGGAUGUUAUUAAAAAAAUUAUAUACAUAUAUAUAUAUAUAAAUAUAGAUAUACAUCUUUAUAAAAAUUCACCACUGUUUGUUUUGAAUGAUUUUUUCUAUAAAAUCAACUUUUUUUUUUUGGUCUCACCCCCAGCCAAACCUGGAAUUUUGCUGUCCUUUCGCCCAUCUCUGGUUUUAAGAGUUUUAAUCUCUUUUUCUAUGCAAAUUCCACCUGGCUCUGGAGAUUCCCCAAAAAAAUCCAAGCCUGUCCCUCCUCUGGCACCUCCCUGGAUGCUUUAAAAAAAGGAAAUUACGGUGUCUGAACACCCCCCUGCAGCAGUUUGGGGUUCCCCGAGCUCCUGGGGGGUUCCAAACCCCACAAAUGCUGAGCUGCACCAUAUUUAUUUUUUAGGGAUCUUGCUUUGAAACGUUUAAUUGUUUUUAACAGGUGUAAAUUCUUGUACAUUUGUAUAAAUAAAAGGGUGAAAUAUUCA